UGGCCGCCGUGGUGCCGCCGCGCCACAGCCCGGCAGCCGCCCUCGCGCCCAGGCCUUUCCCGCGCCGCCGGGUCAGGGCGGGGUGAAGCCCUCGGCGCGCGCCUCUCCCGGACCCCGCAGGCUAAAAGAAUGCCACAUUUCAGCAUUUAUACCUAAAAGCAGCAUGCAAAUUUCAGGUCACAUGGAUGAGUGCCAACUUCUGUAUUUCCCCUGUGUAUCCCGUGACCACUCUAUCUGGGAACAUCCUUCAGAGUUCAUGCGUCUUACUGAGGACACCUGACCUUUUGAAGCUUCAUAAUUCACGACUAGAUGUCACCAGUCUUUCCCAUGUUAACAGUUCUGACUAUGUUUUAUUAUAUGUGCCUUCGGCGCCGAGCCAUGACAGCUACAAGAGGAGAAAUGAUGAACAGCCAUAGAACUAUAGUAUCAAACAGCCGGACUUCCCCUCUUAAUGCAGAGGUGGUCCAAUAUGCCAAAGAAGUAGUGGAUUUCAGUUCCCAUUACGGAAGUGAGAAUAGUAUGUCCUACACCAUGUGGAACUUGGCAGGUGUUCCGAAUGUAUUCCCAAGUUCUGGUGACUUUACUCAGACAGCUGUGUUUCGAACAUAUGGAACAUGGUGGGAUCAGUGUCCAAGUGCUUCCUUGCCAUUCAAGAGGACACCACCCAAUUUUCAGAGCCAGGACUAUGUGGAACUUACCUUUGAACAACAGGUGUAUCCUACAGCUGUUCAUGUUCUAGAGACAUAUCAUCCUGGAGCAGUCAUCAGAAUUCUGGCUUGUUCGGCAAAUCCCUACUCUCCAAGUCCCCCAGCUGAAGUAAGAUGGGAGACCCUUUGGUCAGAGAGACCUACGAAGGUGAAUGCUUCCCAGGCUCGCCAGUUUAAACCUUGUAUUAAGCAGAUAAAUUUUCCCACAAAUCUUAUACGGCUGGAAAUAAAUAGCUCUCUUCUGGAUUAUUACACUGAAUUAGAUGCAGUUGUGCUACAUGGUAUGAAGGACAAGCCACUGCUUUCUCUCAAGACUUCACUUAUUGACAUGAAUGAUCUAGAUGAUGAUGACUAUGAAGACAAGGAUGGUUGUGGAAUGGACAGUCUAAACAAAAAGUUUAACAGUGCUGCCCUAAGGGAAGGGCCGAAUAAUGGAUAUUUUGAUAAACUACCAUAUGAGCUUAUUCAACUGAUUCUGAAUCAUCUUACAUUACCUGACCUGUGUAGAUUAGCACAGACUUGCAAACUGCUGAACCAGCAUUGCUGUGAUCCUCUACAAUACAUCCACCUCAAUUUGCAACCUUACUGGGCAAAAGUAAAUGACACUUCUCUAGAAUUUCUGCAGACUCGAUGCACUCUUGUCCAAUGGCUCAAUUUAUCCUGGACUGGCAAUAGGGGCUUCAUCUCUGUUGCAGGAUUUAGCAGGUUUCUGAAGGGUUGCGGAUCUGAAUUAGUACGUCUUGAACUGUCUUGCAGCCACUUCCUUAAUGAAACCUGCUUGGAAGUUAUUUCUGAGAUGUGUCCAAAUCUUCAGGACUUAAAUCUCUCAUCAUGUGAUAAACUGCCACCUCAAGCUUUCAACCACAUUGCCAAAUUAUGCAGCCUGAAGCGACUCAUUCUUUAUCGAACAAAAGUAGAGCAAACAGCACUGCUCAGCAUUUUGAACUUCUGCUCGGAGCUGCAGCACCUCAGUUUGGGCAGCUGUGUAAUGAUAGAAGACUAUGAUGUGAUAGCUAGCAUGAUAGGAGCCAAGUGUAAAAAGCUUCGGACCCUGGAUCUGUGGAGGUGUAAGAACAUUACGGAGAAUGGAAUAGCAGAACUGGCUUCUGGGUGUCCACUUCUGGAGGAACUUGACCUUGGCUGGUGCCCCACUCUGCAGAGCAGCACCGGGUGCUUCACCAAACUAGCACGCCAGCUGCCAAACUUGCAGAAACUCUUUCUUACAGCUAACAGGUCUGUGUGUGACACAGAUAUUGAAGAGCUAGCAUCUAAUUGUACCAGAUUACGACAACUGGACAUAUUAGGAACAAGAAUGGUAAGUCCAGCAUCUUUAAGAAAACUGCUGGAGUCUUGUAAAGAUCUCUGCUUACUUGACGUGUCCUUCUGUUCACAGAUUGAUAACAGGUCUGUUCUCGAACUCAAUGCAAGCUUUCCAAAAGUGUUCAUUAAAAAGAGCUUUACACAGUGAUUUCAUAUAUGUCCUGUCAUUAAAAUCAGUGUGCUUUUGUAGGAUUUUAUUGUGCGAUUGGCUUUGUUUUUUGUUUUAUUUAAUUUUUGUAAUGUGAGAAUUAAGACAUUUGUAGAUUUUAAAGAAAAAUAGGAAACUGUCCACUGAAUUUAGUAAAAUGUAAAAUAUUCUCAUAAAAUAUUGCAAGUACUUUUCAACAAUGUGUUAAAUGGCUAAUACUUUCACAUUAUGUGAAUCAGUGAUAUUAUGUUUUGAUCAAUAGUUAUAUGUUAAUAAAAGAAUAAUGUGGAAAAACUAACUUAUUUUUAAAGGAAUACUUUGAAGAAUAAAGUGUCAUAUUUGUGCAAGAAUAAAGUUGAUUUUUCA